AUGGAGGUGGAUGAUGAGGUUCCAAGUGAUGAGAUUGAACCUCAAAACAAGGGGUUGGAGAAUAAGGAGAAUGAUGCGAAGGAGGAGGAGGAUAAGGUGGAGGAAAAUGAGGAAAAUGUGGAGAAUGAGGAGAAGGAGGAUGAUGUAGUUCAAGAGGAGGAGGAGGAGGAGGUGGAGGAGGAAGAAGCUGGAGUUCAAAUAAAGGAGAAUGAGGAGAAAGAGGAAAAGGAUGAGAAUGAGGAGGCUGUAGUUGGAAGAAAUGAUGUGGAGCUGCCAAGUAUGGAGCUGGAAGUUGUGGAUGAACUAUUAGAGCUUUCAAAGCAUCGGUUUACACCAGAGAAGAUAAACAAGGACUCUAAAGGAGUGGAGGAGAUUAGAGUCUCAGUUUCCCACGGCUACACCAGGUGGGACACGCAAUUGAAGCAAGCGUAUCCAAAGGAAUGGGCACGUGACUUACUUGCUUUUAUGAAAGACAAUACACUUGAAAGUAAGUUGAUAAGUUGGGAGCUAUGUCAAGUAGACAAGAAUUGGUUUGUGGAUGCCAUCAGACCAGAAACCUGGUUAUCGGACAAGCACCUUGAUGUGGCAAUGUAA